AUGGUAUCCGAAGAGACUACAGCAGGUGAGUCCGAUUUGAUCGGGAACCGGGAUCCUUUAGCACAGGUACACUCGGAGGCCCCUGCUAAGACGAGCUAUGCUAAGGAAGGAACAGUCAACAAUGAUAACUCGAAGAUCAGCUUUCCUGGAGCAGUCGACGUCAUUAACGCCGACCCUAAGCAAGACAACGCCCAGCCUUCAACCCAAACAGUCGCGAUAGAUUUGGUCCAGAUCAGAUCCGACAGUCUCAGCAUGGAGAUGUCGCCUACUAAGGUUACUCCAGCUCGACCACUGCCGGCACCAGCUGUUUUGAGCUCAUGUCGGAAGAAGCGUGGUCGGCCGCGCAAGAACCCGCUGCCGGAUGUCACGGAUGCCACCUUGGGCAAUAGCAGUCCUCUCGACACCAGCACACCACCGCGCAAGCGAGGCCGUCCCCCGAAGGUCAAGAAGGACGACAAGACUCCGCACAAGAAUGCACCAAGCUCGUCUGACAAGAGACUGAUGGCUGCUGUCCGACGCAAUUCCAAGCUCAGGGAGAGAAACGAGAUGCACCACAAACCUUUCCCUCCCAUGCAGCCUACUUUCUCUCGAAGCCAGUCCCCUGCACCUCCCGUCCAGUAUCCAAAUAAUGGAUCCGCCAGCGGCACGCAGAUGCUCACCACCGCCUUCACACCGGUCAACCAAAUGCGGGCCAAUCAUGGCAAGAACCAUGGAUUUGGCCCUUUGGGCUUGUCUACUGCAACGCCGUACAAGGCCUUUACGGGGUAUGGCACAGCCGGACACAUGACUAGCCAAGGCUCACCCUCUCAAGCCGCCUCUUCCACAACAUCGUGCGACUGUAACUCCGUCAAGGUCAUGAUGAGGGACGUCUUCUUCGGGAGCGCGAUCAAGGACCAGGACGUCUGGGUCGUCCCCAAUGUCACAGCUCUCGAGUUGCAUCACUACUUCGGCGGCGGCAUCCCAGCACCCAGGGGCGAUCUUGUGCUUACUUCUGACAAGGUGGAGAUGAUCCGCAACUUACUUUUCUGA